AUGUCGUCACAACCAGUCGAGGAUAUCCUCGAAGAGAGCUAUCGCAAGUUCACCCACAUUUCUCCGGACCUUCACCUUCUCUGCCCCAAGGUAGACGAAGAUGACUUCGAGGAUUACGAUGACCUGAACACUGCCGGCGAAAGCAUCACAGCCCUUGAGAAGAAGGAGAGGGUGGAGAAAUGGAAGGAACGGCUCGACAUUGCCUACUGGACCAGUCUUCUGCUCGCGUACGGCAAGGACAAGGCUGGUGUUUGGCUCGAGCAAUGGGGCGCGCGCAUGGCCAUCAACCUCCAUAACUGCGACAAAUGCGUUCUGAACUGGCACAUGCACCGGAAGAAGUACAUCCAGGUCUUUUCCGAGAAAUGGCCGGAAGAGGCUGUUGCCGGAAUCGAAAAUUGUCUCCACCGAUUUGACUUUGACCGGAUUGAUAAGGGUCUCCAAUGGGCCAAGGACAUCAUAGAGCAGGUCGAAAGCCAAGGCCGCGUCUUUCAAAGAGCUGACCUUGGCGAGGACCAGGGCGCAGUGCUUCUCACCGUCUACGAGGCCCUCUGCUGUAUGCCAUACCUCAGUUUGCCCGAGAAACGAAACCUCUUUCAGUUUGUUUUCGUCCGCCUUUCGGGUAAGAAGCCUUUGAAGCUGGGCGAAAACAUUCUACUCCCUGCCAUGACCCAGUUCCUAUUCGGAGAGGACAAGACAAGGCUGCAGUUUGCAGAGAAGUCCUGGGAGCGCCUCCGACAGAAGUCGCUGACCGAGGCGCAAUUCAACUGGGCCGUUCAUGAUAAUCUGGUGGAGGCGAUUCAGUCAGUCGCUCAACGUAACCCCAGGAACCCCAUUGACAUUCCGGAAAUCGAGCGGUUUUGGAAAGCCGUUAACUGGAUCAUCAAGACCAUGGAUGACAAGCUCUUGCUGCAUGGUCUUCGGAGUAUGGAAGUCAAGCCAAGCCUCUACGACCUGCUUUUUGUUCACAUGCAAUGCGAGUCCGAAGCAAUCCUUUUGCUCAUCAUUCAAGCUUUGACCGUCCUCUUGGAGACGUCUCCUCAGGCUUUCUGGGACACGAUAGGUGACGCGCGGCCAUUUGUUGUUGUCGAGCAACUCCUUUCUCAGCGGCUCUUCAAACAACUGCUCGCUCAAUCACUGACAUUCGCCAUACCCUACGACGAUGGCAGCGGCAGCAACGACUCGGUUGAGUCAAUCACGACUUCGUGGAUCAACACGUGGAUCCAGUCUCUCAAGCGCCAACAAAAGAGCGACGCCUGCGAGCAGCUGCUCCAUUUGCUUUUCGAACAAAUCGUUCAUGAUGCAAGCAUUGGGGAGCAGGGCAGAGCUGCGUGCAUCCGUGCUGGCCUAGAUGCCUUGGACCAUGUGUUAAGGUCGUUUCUGGAUCCGUCAGUCAAUACCGUUUCUAGUACCACAUCUGUUUACAUCAACUCGAUUCUCAACGUCACCUUGAAGCACAAGGAUGUCAUCAAUGAUGCUGCGGAUACCAAGAGUAAAGAGCAGCACACCCUGGGCGUGCCCAAAGCAGCCAUGAGGGUCAUCAGCGCUGCCAUGAGCCUGGAUUCUAGGGCGACUUCCGAAGAGCAUCUCGAACUCCGUAAGAACGAAAACGCGGUUAUCCAGACGGCGGUCACCCGCAGAUCGGCAGACUUGUGGGACGGGUUUCUGGAAAACCUCUUCGCCGGGAAGCUCCUGCUAGCUAGGACAAUGCUCAUGGCCAUGACCCCUCUAAUCAACGUCGAGAGAUUUCGUGGUCCACGUAAGGAGCCGGACAACCUCACCCCGGCGAAGAAGAGCUUCAACAACCACUUCAUCAAGGUUGCAGAGGCACUUGGGCGAGUACUACAACGCAUGUGCGAGUUCACAUCACCACAACUCAACGAGCUGUGUCUCGUGGGCCAGAGCAUUCGUCCCAUCAUUGCUUUCACUGUACACGGCGAGGACGAAAUUAGUAGCGCAAGUGCUGAGCUCAUCAAGUCUAUCACCGAACAACCUGUCAAGUCGGAAGCCAUCACAGCGUUGCUUGACCGCCACCUCAGCAUCACCCUGUCUUCCAUGAUUUUCGCAACACGGAGGAUCAUGGAGCCAUCCAGUGUGGCAUGGGGUCCAGCACGGCACAUUAUCAACACCGCCAAAGAUGUACUCAAGAGUCUCAGCGACCUGUCGUCUGGAAUCCUCAGAUCCAAGACGUUGGAAAAUGGCGAACAGAUCGCUGUCACUGGUUGGUGGGUUGCUCACUGGAAAUACAUCGAGGUUGCUUUUCAAUGCACAGCCACUUGGUCUCACCAGGCAGAAAUCAACGUAAUGCAAGACUUCUGUCGAGAUGUCAUUGAGCUAGCCGACGGCAUGCUGGCUCAGGAUGGCCUUUUUGCCUCAGCACUGCAGGCCACCAACGUGCAGGCACAGCCGCAAGAUCUGUCCAAGAUGCAGCAGCUUCUGAAAGACCCUCAGCGCCAUCUGACUGGCAUUGUGAGGAUGCUUCGGCUGAGAGAUCUUUAUCUAGUGGAAGUCACUGUCAAAGUCGUCGCUAAGCUACUCUUAAGACUUCGCGAGAAUCAACUCGACAUACCUGAUGAACCGAAGGCCUUUGUCCAAGAUUCUUGCGUCAAGUCACCGGCCACCGGCAAGUACCCUAUCAGCACCAACUUGAGCGAUCAGCAACGAGCGGAACUUCUCAAAGCCCUCGGCGAAGACGAUGAUGUGGAAAUCAUUCAAAUCCGGCCAGUCCCCAAAACUGAGAAGCCAAAGAAGCAAAGCCUCAUCGACGCUUGGUCCAAAUCUGGCUCCUUAACUUCCACUUCCCAAACCAGCCGAACGAACAAGGACGAUGUUCUCGAGCUCAGUAGCUCUGUCGAUAAGAAACGCUCGAUUCUAGAGCAGAUGGCUUCUCGGCAGAAGGCGUCCCCCCUCUCAAGCGUGUCCAAACUGCCGCCACCGAAGCCUAUACUUGAGCCUGUAGUUUCGCAAGCCUCAAAAAACGCGCUCAUUGAGUCGCGAAAGAAGGCAAAGUUGGAACGUGCCAAGAGAGAUGCCGAUAUGGUCAAGAAAGCACAAGCUCUCAGAGAUGCUGCCAACGUCGGCGAGGGUUCAGGACUGAAGGGCCUCAGUGGUGUCGUCGGUAAAGAUCUCGCACCGCAGAAGAGUCAAAUUUUGGUUGACAGUGAUGAGGAAGAAGAGGAUGACUCUGAAGAUGAGGAUCUCGACAACCUUAUCAACAAGGGCCAGCAGGGUCAGAAGGCCGUUGACGAAGCCAGAAGGCGUCGCGAACGAGCGCUGCUCGAGAAGACCCGUGGCCCAGUCAAGAAGGUAAAGGUACAACGCUCAGCCAAGGACAUGCGUGCUCGUUUGAUCCCGCCGAUGGACCAGCUCCACCAGGCCAUCUUGGAAUGGGACAUCUUCCAUGAGGGCAAUGACCCACCAUCGACCUCAGCCUCCUUGGUCAUUACAAGGGUUGCAAGCACGUACGCCCACCCCCAGGAGUACAAGCAGACCUUCUUGGGCCUCUUGAUAUCCGAAGCAUGGAGAUCUUUCGUGACUGCCAAGGAUGAGACAACAUCCAAACCCUAUGGCCUCAAGAUUGCCUCUCGUAUGAACGUUGAUAAGUUUCUUGAAGUGACUGCCAGCAUUCCCAGCGCUGAGAAUAAAGAGAGAAUGCUGUCGGAGGGUGACAUCGUGCUUGUGUCCAAAGGAAAUAGCCCGCUCACGGACAACUCUGAAGCCCAUGCUUUGGCACGAAUCUGGAAAACCACCUACAAGAAAGAAAGGCUGGAAGUGACAUACCGCCUGAACAGCAAGAAUAAUCCACUGCUUGCUACCAAUGCUCUCGGUGUUGGCUCUGAACUUCAAGCCGUAAAGAUCACUAACAUGACGACCAUUGAACGAGAGUACGCGGCUCUCGAGAGUUUGCAGUACUACGACCUGAUGCUUGAAGUCCUCAAAGCCGAACCUUCACCUAUCUUGAAAUAUGGCGAGGAGGCUGUCAAUGGCGUCAUGCAGAAUUACCAGUUGAAUCCUGGUCAAGCCAAGGCGAUUCUCGGUGCCAGAGACAAUGAUGGCUUCACCUUGAUUCAAGGUCCUCCUGGCACGGGCAAAACGAAGACUAUCAUAGCUAUGGUUGGCUCGUUGCUCACGGGUAACAUCCAACCUCCUGGAACGGCCAUCAAGCCUAAACUUGUGGGCCAGGCAGCCCAGAACUCCAUGCCGAAGAAGCUUCUGGUCUGCGCUCCCAGUAACACCGCUGUGGACGAGCUUGUCUUGCGUCUGAAACAGGGUGUAAAGACGAUGAACGGGUCUUUCCACAAGAUCAACGUUCUUCGUUUGGGUAGAAGCGAUGCCAUCAAUGCCGCCGUCCGAGAUGUCACCCUCGAUGAACUCGUCAAACAGAAGCUCCAAGGCGACACCACGCAAAGCAAGGCAAAGGAGGAACGAGAUAAGAUGCACAACGAUGCAGCUAAGAUCCGAGACGAAUUGGCAGAGAUUCGACCGAAACUGGACGAAGCCCGCGCGGCUGGCGACCGAAACCUAUCGCAAGCUUUGCAGCGGUCCUUCGAUCAGUUGAAGCGUGCCCAGAUCAACAUUGGCGCCAAGAUUGAUGAGGAUAAGGCAAGCGGCAACACUGCCAGUCGUGAGGCCGAAAUUCGCCGACGACAGAUCCAGCAGGAGAUACUUGAUGGAGCGCAAGUCCUCUGCGCCACGCUCAGUGGUAGUGGCCACGAGAUGUUCAAGAACCUCAAUGUUGAGUUCGAGACUGUCAUCAUCGAUGAGGCUGCGCAAUGUGUGGAGCUCAGUGCCUUGAUUCCUUUGAAGUACGGCUGCACCAAGUGCAUCCUUGUUGGAGACCCGAAGCAGUUGCCCCCGACGGUGCUUUCUCAGUCUGCUGCCAGAUUUGGUUACGACCAGAGUUUGUUCGUCCGCAUGCAGCAGAACCAUCCCGACUACGUCCACCUUCUCGAUCGUCAAUACCGUAUGCACCCAGAGAUCAGUCUGUUCCCCAGCAUGGAAUUCUACGAGGGCAAGCUUGUUGAUGGCGAGGACAUGAGCGCACUGCGCUGCCAGCCCUGGCAUGCCACCGCCCUCCUUGGCCCGUACCGAUUCUUCGAUGUCGAGGGUACCCAGUCGAAGGGCAGCAAGGGCCGUUCGCUGGUGAACCACGCGGAGUUGAAGGUUGCUAUGCAGCUCUAUGAACGAUUCAAGGCAGACUUUGGACGAAACUACGACAUUAAGGGCAAGAUCGGCAUCAUCACCCCAUACAAGGCCCAACUGCAAGAGCUCAAGUGGCAGUUUUCGCGUCAGUUUGGAGAUAACAUUACUGAUGACAUUGAGUUCAACACAACGGACGCUUUUCAGGGCCGUGAGUGUGAGAUCAUCAUCUUUUCUUGCGUUCGAGCUGAUCCUACCGGCGGUAUUGGUUUUGUCAAGGACAUCAGACGUAUGAACGUUGGUCUGACCCGUGCCAAGUCGUCUCUGUGGAUUCUGGGAGAUUCAAGAGCAUUGGUACAGGGUGAGUUCUGGAAUAAGCUCAUCGACAACGCGAAGCAGAGAUCUCUCUACACAAAGGGGGAUAUCAUGUCAAUGCUGCGGAAGCCCAGUGUUAUUAUGAAGUCACUGCCGCCGCUACCUACGCCGCAGGGCGACUUUGGCAUUGAGAGGCCGGUGCAAUCACAAGCUGAAGAAAUUGACAUGACAGAUGCGCCGACGGCGCCGCCACGAAAAGCAAUCCAGCUUCCUCAGCAGCCACCGACGAAUUACACAGUCGCAGAGCGCCGCCCGGGUUGGGAGGGCAACAAUCGCAUCGAGCAGCUCAACGAGAGAGGCGAACUGCAGCCCGCCGUCGCCCGUAGCUCUGACCGACCCCCCGUCAUUCAGUCGUCGACACCAAAGCAGGAGUCCAAGAAGAGAGCAUCCGAUGCCAACGAUGGGCCGCAACAUGGCUCUAAGCGGGUAUGUAAAGACGAAUUAAGCAAAGAUGCAACCAUAAAGGUUUUCACCCUUGUGCCUAACACGACAACUACAGAUGGCGACCGAACAGAACCGACCUCCCAGCAGACCGCCACCAACGGGACCCAGGUCAAUGGGCAACGCUCCGAAGGAGCCGAAGAAGGCGAAGGACCCGUCUGCCAUGGUAGCCCUCGGUCUGACACCAGCUGCACGACCGCCGGCGAUGGAGACGACAUCGAUUUCGAGGACCUUGCCUUCAGGUUCUACCUUGCCACAAAACCGCAACAUACCCUCUAG